AUGAAUAUGAAUAAAUCCAAAUUAGAGUACGUCCAUACAGUGGAACAUUUCAACAAACUUUUCUUGGAUUCCACAAAAGACGUACAAGAUGUCUAUUUUCCUACACCAGAAAUUGCGGCCAUACAAUAUAAAAUGGUGGAAGAUUUUGUCACAGAAGACAUUUCAACAAACAUUUUUAUUGCAAUUUUCACAACAGCUUGGGCCAGACUCAAACUUUAUGAAGAAAUGGAUAAGUUGGGGGAGUCUGUGUUGUACCACGACACAGACUCAAUAAUUUAUGCAAGUAAUGGCUCAAAUGAUCCCCCCUUGGGUAAUUUUCUCGGUGACUUCACUGAUGAAUUAAAUGGGGACACAAUAAAAACAUUCGUCUCAGGAGGACCCAAGAAUUACGCACAUGAGACGGCUUCCGGGAACACAUAUUGCAAAAUUAAAGGUUUUACUCUUAAUUUUAAAAAUUUUAGUUUGAAAGCGAUCAUCAGUGAAUUAGACUACAGUUCAAAAAUUGAAACUCAUAACGACCGAAAAAUAACACGAGAACCAAAAAGAAGGAAGGUAAUAAACAAGCCGGAAGGUAAAUUUUAUAGAAUUGUAUAUGACAAACGCGUCCUAAAAGAAAACUUUUCUACAGUCCCCUACGGCUUUUAG